AUGCAGACAUUCAAGCCCCGUCUACUCUUCCGCUGUCCCUUGCAAACUGCGCGCCCCCGAGCUGCUCGUCACUUCGCGACUGAAGCUCGGUUAACCGCGGACCAUGUUCGCAUCGUCGAAGUAGGCCCUCGAGAUGGGCUACAGAAUGAAAAGAAGUCAAUCUCGCUAGAAACUAAACUAGAGCUUAUUAGUAAGCUUGCAAAAACCGGGUUGACUACCAUCGAAGCAGGGUCAUUUGUGCCUGCGAAAUGGGUGCCGCAGAUGGCUAGCACGUCUGAGAUACUCCAACAUCUCAUCAAAAAACCCCCUCACUCAGAUAACCAAAUUGCGUACAACUAUCUGGUUCCAAACAUCAAAGGCCUGGAGGAUCUCGUCAAGAUCAUGGAUGCAGAAGGCGCAACAGCCGGGUCCAAGGGCGAUCCGGAAUUCAGCACAACGACCGAGAUUUCAUUAUUUGCCGCGGCAACAGAGGCUUUCUCCAAAGCGAACACGAAUUGCACGAUUGCUGAAUCUCUAGAGAGAGUCCGGCCAAUAGUGGCGUUGGCCAAGGAAAAGCACAUCAGAGUCCGUGGCUACGUGUCUGUUGCGCUAGGCUGUCCGUAUGAAGGACCAAACGUUGCUCCUUCAAAGGUCGCUGACAUUACCGCAACGCUGCUGGAAAUGGGCGCCGAUGAGGUGUCGGUUGCUGACACCACUGGAAUGGGUACUGCGCCUCGCACAUUGGAGCUUCUGAAAGCGCUUUCUGCGGCUGGCAUUGCCAAUAGUGACCUUGCGCUUCACUUCCACGACACCUACGGACAGGCCCUUGUUAACACUGUCGUCGGUCUUGAACAUGGUGUCAGAAUAUUUGACAGCAGUGUAGGUGGUCUCGGCGGAUGUCCCUACUCCAAGGGUGCUACUGGCAACGUCGCUACCGAAGACUUGGUCCAUACUCUCCACAGCCUAGGCAUGCAUACGGGGAUAGAUCUGGAAGAGAUGUCUCGGAUCGGUUCAUGGAUUAGCGAUCAACUCGGACGUGCUAACGAUAGCAGGGUAGGCAAAGCGACGCUUGCGCGCAUAGCGAGGGAGAAAAGCUGCCCUUGA